UGGCUGGAAAUUUGGGUCAGUUUGGAUGCCUUCCUCGUCUUGUCCGGUUCCCUAUUGACGGCCUACGUGGGCGUGUGUGGGUUGAUCGAACGCAUGGCCUCAGACCGCUGCUUGCCCCAAUUCCUCCUCAGGCGGAACCCGUGGCGUCGGACCACUCAUAACAUCAUCCUGGGCUACCUCGUCUUCUCCGCGGUCCUGGUGCUCAUUUUGGAGGGGAAUGUCACGGAUCUUAGCGGGGUCUACUCGCUCGCAUUCCUGUCGGUCUUGCUACUUUUCACCGUGGGCACCAUGCUCCUGAAAUUCAAACGGCCGUCCCUUCCCCGCGACGUGACCGUGUCCUGGAUGAGCGUCGUCGUCGCCUUUACCAUGAUCCUUGUCGGGCUCUUGGGAAAUUUGAUGGGUAAUCCUCAAGUCUUGUUGGUUUUCCUUGCCUACGUGGCGGCCGCAGGGACCUUGGUGCUGCUCAUGUUCCAGUGGACGAAUCUCUUGAGAUUCACUGUCUUAGUCCUGAGAGGCAUCUGCCCGGGAAUCGAUACUGGAGUCUUGCAGAAAGAAUUGGCCCUGACCCAGUCCAUUCCCGCCAUAUUUUUUUGCAAGGCAGAUGACGUUUAUGUUUUGAAUAAGGCUCUGUUGUACGUGACAGCGAACGAGCAAUCGCGGCAUUUGAUGGUCAUCCAUGUGCACGACAAGGACCAGUUUCCCCCGCCGCUCCUGUCCACGCAUGUCGAAAACUUCGACACCAUGUACCCAAAGAUCAAAUGCACAUUGUUAACGAUCGAAGGCCACUUUGGACCCCCAUUGAUCGAAUUCCUGCAUCGGGAGUUGAAAGUCCCAAUAAACAUGAUGUUUAUUGCCGCGCCCGAUGAAACGUUUAAAUACAAGUUGGACAAGCUGGGAGGGGUGCGUGUCAUCACACACUAGGAAUUAGGCAUGAAUUGGAUGGCGAUUGAGGAGAACGAGGCGAUCGCACUGUGACACUUAGGAGGCCUGCUGUAAAUACGGGGAUUAGGGGACAUGCUGC